AUAGGAAGAAACUUUUAAGGUGGACUGUAUAGGAGCAUGCGGCACCGUUGCAAACGUGUUUUGGCGGUUAAUCAGUUGCACGCGGUGGCUACGGCAAGUAAGAGGUCGCGUGUGGUGUUUUGGUGUGUGUCGACGGCGACGACGACGGCGACGGUGACGGUGACGAGGACAACAAAUAAUAAGAAAAUCAGAUAAAACUCUUAUAUAGAAGAGUAUUGCGUCCACGACGUGCCGUGGAUAGAAAGAGGAAUAAACGUUAAGGGAUAUAGGAAACUGUGUAAAAUGGAGCUGCACACUCCGAAACGAGAGUCUCGACCGUUGGCAGACGCAUUGCCAUCGAGUCCUCCAAUGUGCGAUACUAUGUUCUAUCCAUGGAAUUGGGGCGAGGAAGCACGAAAUGUGAACCUUAGUCCAGGUAGUUCAUGCUCUUCCCCGGAGUACAGGGAAAACGGCGUGGCCGCCAUGCGGGCCGGUCCUGCUGGACCACGUUCUGGAGGAUCUGAGAGCCAUCGUCGAGGACGUCCACGAGCAGAUGCUCUCUCGAAUCUUAUGAUGCAGGGUAGCACUUCUCCUAGUAGCAUCAAGUGUACUUAUUGCAGCAGAGUAUUUCCACGCGAAAAAAGUCUUCAGGCGCAUUUGCGCACUCAUACAGGUGAAAGGCCUUAUCCUUGUGAUUAUCCAGGGUGCACGAAAGCUUUUACUCAAUCUGGACAACUAAAAACUCAUCAGCGUCUUCAUACAGGAGAGAAACCCUUUCUUUGCACUGAAUCUGGAUGUGAAAUGCGGUUUACACAUGCUAAUAGACAUUGUCCAGAUCAUCCAUAUGCUACGCUAACAAGAUCUGAUGAUUUUGUACUAAAGCCUGUAUCUGGAAAUACUGAAUUACCACACGAUGUUGCCCGUUGGUUGGAGCGUUAUAAAAUGGCCAGAGAGCGGGAGGAUAGAACACCAACGGGAAAGAAUGAUCGGAAGAAGAAAACAUGGAAAAGCAGCGCUGAAAAUCACAAAAGAAUUAAGUCUAGAAAGGGUUUAAUGAUGGAUGCAGCUGGAGAACAAGAGAAUGUGGAUCGUAAACCACCGAACCAAAGGCUUUACUGUGGAGAGAGUCAGGAUAGUCAAGAAGAAAGUCAAGAUGAGGAUCCAGCAGAAGCAUGUGCUGUACUACAAGUAUCGGAAGAUGAGGAAUCGACGUCACUAAAGCUUCCCAUUACACCAGUAAGACGGCCUUUAGACCGAUUACAACCAAAAAAGAGAUGGCUUCGUGAAGCAUGUCUUGAACAACAGCUGGCUAAACCAUUAAGAUGGGAUGUUCAAUCAAUGAUCACACCAAUAUCAUCGACUUACGAAGGUUCAUCACUGCAAAAUAUGACAACCACUUCAAAAGCUUCAUCUCAUUCAAAGUGGACUGUAUCUGCUAUCCUUCAAACUAACGAAUCUGACAGCACAUGUCAUUCAAAUGUAAAUAUUGAUGAAACUGUGCCAGAGAAAUCUGAAAUAGAACCUACAAAUUCAAAGGCCCAAGUUUCUUGGGAUAUGGCUAAUACACUGAAUACAUUAGAUGUUCGAGAAUCUAAAGAUGCGCAAAAUACCGUAUUGCCAUCAUCGCACUCUGUAUUACAAGGAAACUGGGAUCAGCUUCAAAAAAGUGGAAAAGCACUAAAUAGCGAUAUAACAUCUAACGACAGUGUAAAUCUUCGUUUCGAACAGUCAAAGUCUGAUACAUCGUCCUCAAAUUUUUAUUGGGAUCAGACGCCUGCGAAUAAGAAUGUAUGUCAACUCCAAACAAUACAAAAUGAAAUUCAAUUUGUGUCUGAUGGAACAAUAAACAAAAUACCCACAACAUUACGCAACAGUGAAAAUGAAACAAGGCCUACCGUACUAAUGCUAGCUGGAAGUUCUAAUAGUUUGAGUGGCAAGGAAAUGAACACCCAUAAGAAUUUGUCCAACAGCGAAGACAGAACUGGCGUCAAGGUUGUGGUAGUUAAGCAAGAGGAUAGCGUGGUUAAGUUACCGUUGCCUGAGGAUAGCCAAAAAUGGCUUGGUGCUUUAGCUUUGAUGGAAUUGGCCAAAACACAGGAAGAGGCUGCCCGUGCACUUGGGCUUACAAAAAGAUUAGACUCACGUGACGUGCAUUCGAGUGUCCAGUAUACACACUUAUAAUAGACUGUGAUUUCAUAGAGUCCUGCAGGUAUUAUUGAAAAUUCGACCAUCCAACUGAAUGAGUGAGAAUUGUUUUUUGAUUGUGAAUUUAUCGAACGACUUAUAGGAGGAAUUUUAAAUUAUCUAAAUAUUAUACUCUUCUCUUUAUGUAUUUAAUUUUCGACUGUUUACGAAACCAAGUGAUUCGAUAAAUGCCUUCGUUAUACCUCCUUGCAGACAACUCAUGUCUUUUUCACUCAAAAUCCAAAUAUCAACGAUAUUAUAAGUUAUUGCAGGGUACUUUGUGUUAUCACAAUCAGAGUAUACGUCUUUUGAUUUAUUGUAACAAAACAGUUAAAGGAUAAUUGAGCUCUUACGAGUAAUCGUAGCUCAAUUUUCAUUUAAUCCGCGUGACAAUAGAAAUUAACAUCCGUAAUCCGUAUUCAUAUCCUUAGUUUUCAUUAAAAGGAUAAUAGUAAGAAAAUCACAGUGGACUUGACAGAAUCCUUUAAAAAUAUCGUUCACUAUGAUUUAUACAAAGGAUCUGAAUACUUGUAUUUUAUACGUCGAGUUUCUAAUCACGAUUUGCAAACUACGUGACAUUCUUUCCUUUAUAUUAUACAUUUCGAUAAAAACAAUUUAUUACUGAAAAUUUAAUACGUCUCUAAUCAGAAGAUUGUGUCUUCGUGAAAUGAAUCUACCAGUACAUUUUUUAAUUUCUCAUUAACUGUGCCACAUUCUCGAAUAAGCAAAUCGUGAUAUCAAUAAUACGUGAAUAACUACAAUGAGAUAUGAGUAUGCUCAUAUGAAUAACAUAUUUUCCUUUUAUUUUUGUGAGCAUCCCUUAAAGGCAUUCACGUGAGCAUUACUUAUCGGGGCUAAGUUAACGUUGUGUCAGGAAACCAGACGUUUCUGCUUUUUCGGUACAUUAAGCAAACCUAAGAACAUCCUCCGGGUACAGAAGCCAUAUAAAACGGUAGACUCAAGCAGUGAACUUUUAACAUUCGUAGUACUUAAACGUUUUAAAUAUACUUGUCAAUGCUUUUGCACUUUUAGUGAAGCUUGAAUGAUAUUAAAGAAAUUUUAUAUAUUUGACCAAGGUGGUCAGUCUACCGUUAUUGUGAUUCAGGCAGUCAUAAAAGCUUCAUGUACUCUUUAUUAUAUUAUUGGCUGUCAAAGAAUGGCAUCUCAGGCGACUGCGUGACGAGUUUUGACGAUAAUCGAGAGAAUGGAAAACUACGGUACACACAGGCUUUUGCUCAUUAUUAUAAAAUAAUUCUACCAAAAAAUGUUGUAUUUUUAACGUUGAUGUUUGAUACAAUUUUAUGCUUUAAGUACAACGUGUACCUGUUGCUACUACGAAAGGAGCGAGGUGCGCUGCAACAGGCAGCAAACCAAUUGUCUAUAAUAGAUCUGUAAGGAUCAUAUUGUUAGUUGGGUAGUAAACGGUUGUUUUUUCUUUUAUAUUUUCUCUAUUUCAUUUUUUUCGUUUUUCUUUUUUUUCGUAAUUUUGAUCUUGCUUUGCGUAUGGAGUUCCGAUGAUAACUCUCUUCCUCUCUCCACUGAUACA